UUCAAACCGACGAACAUUUUCAGAAGGGUCAGCUUGUCAAAUACUAUUUAUUUUCGUCUGCGUUAUAUUUAUACGAAACGUAUACUUAUGAUAUAGGCAUAUGUCAGUCAUGAAAACUUAUUUGAUUGCUAUGUCGCACGUAGUGAGGAAGGAAGGAAAAGUGAAAGCGUUAUGAAAUAUUAAUUUAUUUUCCGCGAAGGGAAAGACUUUGCGAAGGAGGGUUUAUAUCAGAUAUUGUAGGGAUGUUGUUGUGGCUAAUGCAAAUUAUUUCGUUGAAAAGUAUGGAACACAAUAGAAAUUAUUAUUACGACAUUAGUAAAAGAUUCUUGUGGAUGGUCGGCCAAUGGCCUUAUCAAAAACCGAAAACGAGAUUAUCCUUUUUGGCUUUGGUAGUUAUAGUUUUGGCUAAUUGCCUUUUUACACAGAUAGCACAAAUUUUUGUAUGCGAAGACACACAGUGUAUUUUUCAAACUUUACCUCCCCAUUUAUUAGUAUGGAAUUCUUUAGUGAAAGUGCUCGCAUAUCGAUUUAACAGCCAGAAAAUUAAAGAUCUCACUGAUCACUUAUUCGUAGACUGGAAUAUUCUUAAGACUCAAGAAGAACGUGAGAUUAUGAAAAAAUAUGCCGAUAAUGGCAGGUGGUACUCAUUGAUAUAUGCCUCGUAUUGUUAUGUAUCUACCGUAUCAUUUAUAACAAUGUCUCUUGUGCCACGUAUCAUGGACAUCGUGUUUCCUUUAAAUACUUCACGUCCAAUAAUGUUAGCAUAUCCAGCGCAUUAUUUCGUUAACGAAGAGCAGUAUUUCUAUUAUAUUUCUUUUCAUAUGUUAAUUACUGCCUUGAUAUGUGUGACUGGAUUAAUUGCACACGAUUGCAUGUUCUUUACUUACAUAGAACACGUUUGCGGUCUUUUUACAGUGGUUGGAUUUAGAUUUGAACAUAUAUUAUAUAAACGUAAUAUCACGAAAAGAAAACUUAUUAAUUACCCGGAUGAAGUAUAUAACAAAAAUAUUGCAUUUUCAGUUCAUUCCUAUCGACGAGCUCUGCAGUUUGCAGAACUUGUUGAAAAAGUCUUUUCGAUAUCAUUCGCUAUGCAACUCAUGAUAGCUACGAUUGGUCUUAGCGUUACCUUAUUGCAAAUUGCACAGUUGCAUAAUUUAAUGGACACAACAAAGUACUUCGUUUACAUUUUUGCACAAUUAUUUCACUUAUUCUGCUUCAGCUUUCAAGGACAAAAAUUGAUAGAUCAUAGCCUUCAAAUUUGUUACAAAAUAUAUAAUAGUGCGUGGUAUGAGAUACCCGUGAAAGGACAAAAACUUCUUUUGAUCACGAUGAGAAAAAGCACCAAAGCCAGUACUGUGACUGCUUGCAAGAUAUAUGUAUAUUCUUUGCAAAGUUUCACAACGGUUUUGCAGACCGCAAUGUCAUAUUUUACGGUGUUAGCGUCUUUCAGUGAAUAACUUGACAGUGAUUAUAGCAUACAGUAUAAUAAAGCUGAAAAAAUUUUACAAG